UUUUUCUCGUUUUCUGUGAAAUUAAGUUUCCGAGAGAAUUUUCAAAUCUUUGAAUUCGCGACCUCAAUCUCCCAGAGAAAAGUACGUCUUUGAUACCCGACCACGAGAUCAGUUCCGAUGUCUUUAUUGCACUCCUUCAAAGAGACGAUAAAGCCCUGUAGCAAUCUAUCCUUGUCGACCCUAGAACCUGCCCCGCCUAUAAACCCUAGAAAACCUCCCAAAUCAUCUCUCUCGCAGCAGCUUCUUCGUCUCGAAGAUUCUUACUUCGCUUCCAAGCAGGAAUUUAGAACCCAGAGCGCCCCGAUCGAAGGUUUUGAUCGUGGCAAGGACGAUCACGAUGGAAAGAUCAAGGAAGACGAAGAAAUUGAAGAACCAAAAAUCGGAGAUGAGGUUGUCGGGUUCGGGAGACCCGGGUCGGGCCGGUUACAGUUUGACUAUACGGGUCCCUAUGAGCCACUCGUGCUGUCACCAACCGGAGAAAUCCCGGUCUUGCAGGUUCCGGCAUCCAUAAACUGUAGACUGCUCGAGCAUCAACGGGAGGGAGUAAAGUUUCUGUACAAUCUGUACAAAAACAACCAUGGCGGAAUUCUUGGUGAUGAUAUGGGACUGGGCAAGACCAUUCAGACUAUCGCAUUUCUUGCUGCAGUGUACGGAAAAGACAGUGAUGGCAACGAUUCCUCUUUGUUAAAGGCUGGAAAGGGUCCAGUCCUUGUCAUCUGCCCAUCUUCUGUGAUCCACAACUGGGAAAGCGAGUUUUCCCGAUGGGCGAGUUUCAGUGUUUCCGUGUACCAUGGUCCAAGCCGCGAUUUGAUCCUGGAGAAACUCAAUGCCCAAGUUGUUGAGGUACUCGUGACCAGUUUCGAUACAUUCAGAAUCCAAGGUCUCAUUUUGUCUAGUGUAAAUUGGGAAAUAGUGAUUGUUGACGAGGCACACCGGCUAAAGAAUGAAAAAUCAAAACUUUAUGAAGCAUGUCUAGAGAUCAAGACACGGAAAAGGAUUGGCCUUACAGGAACCGUGAUGCAGAACAAGAUUGCGGAGCUAUUCAAUCUGUUCGACUGGGUAGCACCUGGAUCGCUUGGGACACGGGAACAUUUCCGAGAAUUCUAUGAUGACCCACUGAAGCAUGGGCAGAGAGCGACUGCUCCAGAACGGUUCAUCCAGAUUGCAGAUAAGAGGAAACAACAUCUGGUUAAUGUUCUGAGAAAGUAUAUGUUGAGGCGGACGAAAGAGGAAACAAUUGGGCAUCUGAUGAUGGGGAAGGAAGAUAAUGUCGUCUUCUGUGAGAUGAGCACAUUGCAGAAGCGGGUGUAUCAAAGAAUGUUGCAACUUCCAGAAAUCCAGUGCCUUGUAAAUAAAGAUGCACCAUGCACUUGUGGGAGCCCGCUUAAGCAAUCAGAGUGUUGCAGAAGGGUUGUUCGUGAUGGAAUUAUCUGGAAGUACCUUCACAGAGACAACCUCGAUGGCUGUGAUUCUUGCCCCUUCUGCUUGGUCCUUCCAUGCCUUGUGAAACUCCAACAGAUAAGCAAUCAUUUGGAACUCAUCAAAUCGAACCCAAAAGACGAGCGAGACAAACAGCAGAGGGACUCAGAGUUUGCAUCUGCGGUGUUUGGACCAGAUAUUGAUCUAAUGGGAGGUAUUGCCCCAAGUGAGAGCUUCAUGGAUCUCAGUGAUGUUAAACAUUGUGGGAAAAUGAGAGCCUUGGAGAAGUUGAUGGCUUCUUGGAUUUCAAAGGGUGAUAAGAUACUUCUCUUCAGUUACUCCGUCAGGAUGUUGGACAUACUCGAGAAGUUUCUCGUAAGGAAAGGUUACUGCUUUUUAAGACUUGAUGGUUCUACCCCCACUAAUCUGCGUCAAUCUCUUGUGGACGACUUCAACUCGAGCCCUAGCAAAUCGGUUUUUCUCAUAUCGACUCGGGCUGGGGGGCUAGGACUAAAUCUUGUGAGUGCGAACCGUGUGGUAAUAUUUGACCCGAACUGGAAUCCAGCGCACGAUUUGCAAGCGCAGGAUAGGUCGUUUAGGUUUGGACAGAAACGUCAUGUGGUGGUUUUCCGUCUCUUGGCUGCUGGUUCCCUCGAGGAACUGGUUUAUACACGGCAAGUGUACAAGCAACAGCUUUCCAACAUUGCUGUUGCAGGGAAAAUGGAGCGACGGUACUUUGAAGGUGUCCAGGAUUGUAAAGAAUUUCAAGGGGAGCUAUUCGGAAUCUCUAAUCUCUUCCGCGACCUGUCUGAUAAACUCUUCACCAGCGAAAUUGUCAAGCUACAUAAGGAGGACCAUAGCAUUGACCAAGUCAACCAGGGGAAGAAUACACCAGUGCUCAAGACCGAUGGUUUAAAAGAAGAAGAAGAAACAAACGCGGUAUCAUCAUCUAAGCUCGAACCCGAGAAACCUAUGCUCAGAGAUUUGGGCAUUGUGUAUGCACAUCGAAAUGAAGAUAUCGUCAAUGGCAGACAACAAACUCAGAGGACGGAUGAAGAUGGCGAAACGCAGACGGAUGACGCAAACUUUUUGAAGAAGGGGAAGAGAAAGAUUCGCGAAGAGGACGACAAAGCUACAAAUGUGGGUGGGAAAAGGGAGAAGUACAAGAUGGUAGCUGAGUUCAGAGGCAUGGAGAUAGUGGAGUUCAGCCGAUGGGUGUUGUCUGCAACCCCCUCUGAGAGACACAAACUCCUCCGAGACUUCAGGAAGUGGAGUUGUUCUUUGCGACGUUGAUGGAUAAAAUCUAUGUCAACCCACAAUGAUGUUUGGUCUUCUGGGUGUUAGUUUUUGGUAAAUGUAGAUAUAUAUUUUUUUUAACCAACAGUGAAUAUUGUUAGGCCUAGAAGUCAGGUUAGGUCUUGUCUAGUCAUAAUGUGUUCUAUUUGUACAUAAUUCCAUUCAUUUUGUUAUGUAAAUUGAUCUCUCCCUUACA